AUGGGGCUACCUUUUGAAGAUCUCUGUCAAUAUUUUGACCCAUGUCCUGAGAAAGCGGAAAUAAAUGCCUUAACAGAAGAAAAUAGUAAUUUGAUUCCAAAAAUGCAAACCGAUGAAUUAGAUAUAGAAAGCAUUCAAUUAGAUACAUUUUCUGAUUUAAGCAGUUAA